GAGGCCCACGCGCUCAUGCUCAACCACCUGCUGGAUGUCUGUGACGGCUCUUAUCGUUGGGACGCACGAUGCGGUGAAGCAGGGCCGAACUCAGCGCUAAAGAGGAGCCUAAAAGCGACAGCGAGUCUGCGCCAUGUGCUCGGCGCAACUAGCUCUCGCAUUCGAGGUUGCUUCGGCGCGUUGAUCCAGCGCAGAGCCGACAAGCACGGUCGCACAUCGCACAUGUAAGAACAUUCCUCGUUGAUUUAAGGUUGUCCUUCAGCUUGCGUCCUGGGAGCAAAAUGGCCAGCGCUAUUCAGCGACUGUUCCUCAAAAAGAGUCGCGAGAAGGAAAGACAGCGCGAACGCGACAAGCCAAGGACGACGCCAAUUUCUAAUGUCGCUCAAGGUAAAGGUGCAGCUUCGCAACAUACGCCAAGCGCUGGCGAUGCAUUCCCCGACACUAAAUGGGGAGCAGAUGAAGAAUCUUCACAAGAUGCUACGCUGGGCCAUUCUGCAGGCCGGUCCGCCUUGAGGCGAUCAAUUCAGCUCCUCUCUUUAGGGGGCCGUCCUGCAGCUGCAGAUAACACGGCAUUUCAUUCAGGAGUGGCUCUUGGCUCUUCGAUUUCGAACCAGCUGUUCAACCAGAUUGCAUUUCCCUCGCCCUCUUCGCCGGAUCCCUCUGACGAUGUACGAGCCCCCACUGCCCUUCAUGAUGGGCUGCCGACGCGUCCACCGCAUGACCGCUCGCACUCGAGGAGUCGCCCGCGCGCAGUUUCGCUGGACGCGGUACGGACGCUUGGGCCUCCGCAGAAGCAAGAAAAGCCUACUUCCACCCAUGCAACAGCAGCCCAAGAUCUAAACAGUCGUUCGCGUUCCCGACAGCGUACGAGCAAGUCAUCAUCGCUUCUCGACUUCGGCACAUGGCUUCCCUCUUCGCUCAACUUUGGACUCGGAGGCGCAAAGUCUGCAGAGCCAACGCCUUCUCGCGGUCGAGCACAGUCAGAAAUCCUGGGAGAUGAAGAUGCCGCGGCGAGAGGACGUACCCACAGUUCUGCCACUUCUUUGCGAUCUGCCAGAGCCGAAAGUCUCACAUUCGUUGUUGGUACCAAGCCUAGCGGAGGAAGUUCUACAAUGCAUACCGCUUCCCACUCGCAAACCGCUUUUCGAUAUAAUAGUACCCCUUCGGGACAAGAUACGACACGAACCACAAGUAUGGGCAGCUUUAGUAGCGGCAGAGGGGGAGACAUGAUACGCGUAGAAAGCAGAACAGGGCCGCUGCUUCCGCCGAGUACACUGUGGUCCACAGAUGCAGAUAUGCAGUCCUCCUCUUCUGGGCUUUUCGAAGGAGUCACAGUGGCUGGUCACGGCACCGCAGCAACGGAUGAGAGGAAAGCCGAAGACGACGGGGACGAAGAAGACAUCGAGUCCAAUCCCAUCUAUCGCGCGCUCGUCGACUUUGUUGACCGUGGGGAGGAGCGACAACCCUCAGCGGCUGGCAGCUCCUUACAACGUGCUCAUAUCGUCCUUCUACCUUCUCUGCGUGCGCUUCGCACCUUCUCGCAGGACGAGCAUUCCGCUGCCGAUUCUCUACCAGCAGCAUUGAAGUGCUAUGCGUACAUCGCAUUGCAUGCUCUCGUACCCUCGAGGCUGUUUAAGGACACCUACGUUCCAGUACAGGCGACGGGGUGCAGAAGGAUGGGGAGAGGCAGUCCGGACGAGGAGGAGCGGAAUGAGGAAGAAACUGCCUCGAUUUCACCGCGCAGCGACGGACAGAGCAGCAAGACUGACCCGUGGACGGCAGCAAAGCUUCGUGUCUCCGUCGGCGCAGAUCGAGGUACCUUCAGUAUCACCUUCAAAGAUCCAGCUUCUACGCGAUGGGGUCGGUCCGGCGUGACGCGUGUGCGACGCGUGCUGAGCGAAACCACCGUCUAUCUCCCGACGCUGGAUGGAAAUGCGGAGUAUCGCGUACGCAUCGUAGUGCUGGACGGCUUGGUUGUCCCCUUAGGAGACGAGUUGGCGCCCUUCGAAUUCGACCAGGUGGCCUUUCCGGUGACUGCCUCACCAGACUUUGCUUUAUCUCCAGCGAGCAGCUCGGCUGUAGACACACAAUGGGCUUCUCUUCCGGUCGCAGAAGCGGCUCACACCCUCAGCCGUAGUCCCGGGUCGGCCGUGGGCUCUAUAUCCUGCUCUUCAGUCCGGUUGGCGCGCACUUUCAGCGCUCGUUCGCUAGCGUCUUCUUCACAUGGGUCCCAUGCAGGGGAUGAACACCCCAUCCUGCAGCAUAUAUCGCCGGUCCGAAACCUGGCUGAGGACCUGCGGAUAUUGCUCGACGCUUGUCCACCGGCGCAAUUUGCAGCCCUUGGCCUCAAGUCUGCGCUCCGAAGGGCAUUCUGUGUCAUGCAAAAUGCUGCCUCGCAGUUCAACAGUUCUUUCGUCUAUGUCUCCGGUUUCGAGGAGUACAACGCGGCACGGAUUCGCAAAGGCAUCUUCCUCAAAGCCUGGCAGGCAUUUGAAGAUGCGCGCAGAGCGGACGAGCAACUACACACGGAGCACGAGGCUGACGAGUCACUCCCUCACCGUGCCAAAACACGGGUGAUGAGUGUACUUGAAAAUAUCACCAUGGCACUAUGCCACGAGAAGGUGUACAUGUCUCUCAGCAAGACGAAGCGAGCAGAAGAGACGGCAUUGGACGAAAUUCUGCGGCGCUAUGGAGAGCACGAGUUUUCUCUUGAUGACUUUGAUAUUGGAAAUAACCCUUUGAAGCGGCGACCCGAUUUUCUCGACAAGGCGAUUGACAUUAUCACAAGCAUGCCUCAACCGGAUGUGACACUUCCCAGUCCGUUGCAGUAUCUAGAAGAGGCAUCUCAUGGAGGCUUUGAAGCAGCAAGGCUGCAUCUACGAACACCACUUGACGCGCUGCACAUCUUCAAAGCAGGCCUCGAGGCUAUUCAAGAUGCAGCAGUAGCUGCCGCUGCUUCCCUAAGUUCGAAGCAGCACGCAUCGCAAACCCUCUCCCCCCGUACUGACGUACACGUGUCAAGCUAUCUGCUUUCCACGGACGAGCUUCUCCCACUUCUGGCGUACGUGCUUGUCAAGGCCGAAAUCAAGGAGCUCGUCACAUUGCUAGCCUACAUUCAACUGUUUCGGAUGGGCGAAGACGAUGUUCCGAAUUUGCGGUGGGUAUCCACCACGCUGGCUGCUGCUGUCCAGUACCUGCGCUCCGAUCCCUUGCGAGAAGUACUCGCUGAACGCCCUCAGCUGGCAGCAUCGUCACUGUCGCGGUCGAGCAGUUUGCAAUCAGCGCGUCCGACCUCGCCCGCGUCUCUGCGAAGCGCAGAUGGAUCUGGCUUUACCCACGUGUCGCAAAGAUAUUUCCCGCAACGUAGUCCCAAGGCUCACAGCACUUUUUUUUCAGACGAGCGGCGGCGCAGCUUGCCUCUCAGCGCCGCAUACGCAGGCAUGUCGCUCGAAGAUGCUCUCAAAGCGCAAGAAGAGGCAAGACCUUCGAGUCCUAGCAGCCAGGAUUUUACGGACAAAGAUGGUUUCAAGGUACCUUCCUUACCCGCGAGUGCAUCAUCAUCGGGCACGGCCGUUCGCAGCAACGGUGGGCGGAGCCGCGGAUCGUCAGAGUUGCAGAUCAGGCCUCAGCUGAUUGUUCGACACCGACGGCGGCAUCUUUUAUCUUCUGGUUCUGGCGCUUCGAGUGGGUCCGACCAACCUCAGAGUUCUCCACAAGAGAGCACCUUCCGUUUGCUUCGUACACAGAGUUCUCACGGUCGAGAGGCCACAUCGUCUUCGUUCGAUGCCCGGAGGCGGAGCAUCGACGCCCUCAAUCCCAUCAGCUGGCCCGACGAGUUUCACGAGCCCAGUAGCUCGAUUUUCAUCCGGUCAAGCUCCAUCUCCAGCAUCACGCAGACGAGUAUCGAGUCGCCAAAAAGCAGUGGAUUUUCUCGGCGGCCGGCGUCUGUGCGGUCCGUGUCCUCGAUCCCCGAUGACCGACCCGGGGAUGGCACUAGCCCUAGCACCGGCAACAGUACCGGCACGGGCACCGGUAGCCUGCCCCGCUCGUCGACCACAGGUCGGCGCCGCAAGCACUCGCACGCUCUGCUGCUCGGCUCGAAUGCGAGCAGAGGGGCUCCGAUGGCACCCGUCUCGGAUCCCGCACUCGCAGCGGCACAGGCACAGACCAUGCCUCCUGACAGCAGCGACAGCGCCGUUGGCGGCGUGACCAAGAGUCAGUUGCUGUACAACAUGCCUGCUCCUGCCUUUCUGCAUCGUGUCCAUGUUCCGUCGCCGGUCGCAGAACUUUCAGACCCAUUUUCAAACAUGCGAAUUUCCCGCUGAGCGCGCAUCGACUAGCGACGCGCGACUCCGUCUGCAAAUGACCCUUGGUACCUCCGCCUGCCCUUGUCUGAGCGGCCAGCAACCCUCGCCAGCCUCUCUCCGCAGCAUCAUUAUCCAUCUGUAGCCUGCGUCUUUCAGACACGAUCGCAUGAUCUAUGAG